GCACCUAGGAUGCGAGGAUGUUGCACCCGCAUGUGCCCAUCCAAGGAGGCCAAGGAGCGCUUGGAGCAUCAUGAACUCUCGAAGUACGAACGCCCGCCCUAUGGGGGACCUGUGAAGCGGUAUCGACGGUCGGCCGCGGGAACGAUUAUCAACCCUGGUGACGUCCGGCCCGUGCCGGUACUCCUGGAAACCACGCACCAUUUGCUGUCGCUCUUGCCAUCGGAGCUGGAGCUGCCUUUGGACUUGUAUCAUUUCCUAGACGAUCGCUUCCGAGCUAUUCGCACAGACUUAGUGCUGCAAGAAGAAGCCCCGGUGUCGAUUCUCCAUCCCAUCGCACGGUUUUACCUCGUUGCCCAAUGUGUGUUGCGACAUAGCACCGCGGAAGGAAAUGUGUCGUUCGAGUCCUUGCGCCACUUGCUAGAGGACCAAAUGCACUCACUAUUGGGCCAGCUCAAAGGGACGUCGCUCGAGUUUGAAAAGUAUUACGUCCUCCUCCACAUGGACAAUGCUGGAUUCUCCUUGACCCUUCGGGACGUGUACAUGCAUUCGAACGAUGCGCGGGCACUGUGGUCGUGGUUUCGCGGCACGACGUCGUUCCCAACGAGUCAUGGGGGUGACGAACAACACAUCCUCCAUCGCGCCAUUCGCUUCGGACAGCUCGCCACCCGGUAUCGUCACCACCUUCGCAUCCUGUCGAAAGCGUACACGAAACACGACAAGUUCCCUCUCGCCGACCUUGUGCGAAUCAUUGGCUUCCCUCGUAUCCAAGAUGCCCAGCUGCUCUGCCUUGCCUAUCACAUCGACGUUUACGACAUCGAGUCCCCCGAGGGGUACGUUCGCUUCAACGAACGACCUCUGUCCGACGACCCUGACUCUGCGAUCCUUGCGCAGUUGCUGCAUCACGAGUUUACCUGCAUCGACGCACUUCGUCGCGGCGUCCCUUGGCGCGAUGUCUUGCUCCAGGGUCGGUGAUACGUCGAGUGUUUGUACAAAUUCAAAUCUCGAAAAUAUUGUCAAUUUGAUACAAAUUUGGGGAGGGG